AGUAAUUGAUUUGGUAUUUAUAGUUCGUCAUUUCUCCCAUCGCACACGAGUACACGACACAACAUUUUAUGACCUCAACACCAACUAAAUACUGCCAUAGACGACAUACAGUCAUAUAAUAUGAAGAUUUUCUAGUGUUAUUAAUUUCAUUUAAAUGUAAUAGGCAGGGCUAGGAUUUGUAUGCAAUAAAAAAUUGUAAAAUAUGCAUUUUAUUUACCAAAAUAUGCGUUUUAAUUUUUUAAAUACACAUACAAAAAUAUAGUUACAAAAAUAUAUUUAUUUAUUGAAAUACAUCAAUAUGGUUAGCUGAUUGUCAUAUAAUACGCGUAUAAUUGAGAUUAAAAAUUAAAUUAUUUAUUUAUUUUUCACGUGCAUUAGUUAUUAUUUUAGCAAUAAAAUUUAUAAUUCUUAUUCAAUAGUAGAAUUAAUAUGUGUAUUCUAUGCUACGACCACAUAUUUUUUUUUAAUUUUCGAAUAUAAAUGGUCGGCGAACGUACCUAGUAUAUUGUACCAUAGGAUUGCAUUUAUAAAAAUGAAAUUUAUAUUUUACCAAAAAACCAAGUUAUAGACUUUGAUCAAUUUAAUUACUAUCGGCUUAAAUACAAUAAAUACAAUCAUACUAAAUAUGUAAAAAUAUGCAUUAAAUAUGCAAAAACAUGCAAAAUAAAAAUAGGACCAUUUUCAUCACAAUAAUAUAAAUCGCGGACAUUACUCACUUAAAUUUCAUUUGGAUGUAGCAAAAAAAAAAAUGCUGUUGCAUAUAAAUUUUAGCCCUGGUAAUAAGUAUAGUAUUGAUAUUAGUUGUGAUUAAGUUUAGCCGACCUAUCAAUUCGGAUUCAAUUUACUGGUUAAUAAAAAAUUAAUUUAACAAUUUGGGACUCAAUUUACCUAGACCCGGUCGUACUCACAGUCAUGCGUCCUUGUGAGCUGUGACGGGGUCGUCGACAUACGUAUUCACUCACUUUAGAAAAUGAAACAUAUUCGUAAUAUUACGGGAUAAUAGAAAAAUGAAAAUGACAUAUGACCGUAGCGAGGGCGUUUGCGCGGUUUUUGGCCGUAACCUUUCGGCGAAGGGUAUUGGCGACCGCGCGCCUGUCUCGACUUCCCUUCAUAGCACCACGUGCUCAUAAGCUUUAUAAUCGAACACUCGGACCUGCUAGCAGUUAGUACAACGCGUGAAAAGCACCAAACUCGAUCAUACAUGCUUAAAACCGUCGUCGACAUUUAAUCGUGCGGUUUUUUUUUAUGUUAUUCUUUUCACCACGGCCACAUAUUAUACGGUCCGUCGUCGGAUAAUUUCUUGUCGGACAUCGGUACUGUACAUUUUAUUAAACACCGUUUUUCUCGAUAAACAAGUACGCCAAUAAACAUAAAUAAUAUAUAAAAUGGGGUGCGGUGGUUCGACGAUGCCAAUGCCGCCUAUGCCGACCGAGGAAUUCAACAAAAUGAGAUUGGAAAUACCAUCACCCAUAGCGUUUAGCGUUCCGUUGACCGAAGAAGAAGAAAGCGUCGUGAAAAAACAUCCGCCAAAGAGACUGAGGAUGUUAGAGGGACAGCAAUCACCGCCGCUAACCCAUGAAAUGUUGUUGGAGAAAAUGGCGGAUGCCGAAAAUAGACGACAACAGAUCCUAAGCCAGAGGAUAGAGUCGGCCAAGACGCUGAUGCGGCCCCGAUACAACAGCGCCAACAAGAUGAACGCCGACGAUGCGUUGGUGGAGGAUGCAGAUAACGUGGGCGAAGAAGAUUCUUAAAAAAUAAUAAUUAUUAUGCCUAUUUAAAAUUAUUUAUAUACCUACAAUAAAACAUGUCCAUCAUAUUAUACGGUUUUAUCGCGUAUUAGAUGAAAACGUUACUGUUGUUCUGUUUACGUAUAUAAUAUAUUUAUCAAACAUUUAUUAUAAUAAUUAAUUGUUAAUUCUGAUAUUUUAUUUUAGCCGCAUUCGCCUAUUUAAUUUUUACACACUUUUAAUGAUUGCAUUUUGUAUAUUAUUAUAGGUAAGAAUAUUAUAGCGAACUGUACAAAUAAAGUUACAGCGAGUAGGUAAUAAAAUAUGCUUCCUUUUAGACUUUCCGUUACAUAUUGCAUCAAGUAUGUAUAAUGCCCAAAUACGAUUACGUUCGUUAUUUUCCAGAUAAUCUAAACACAUACAUGUACAUGUACAUGUAUUAUAUAUAAUGUAUACAUAUAAUCCUAAUAUAAUUUUUUUUUGCUUUGUAUUGUUUAAAAAUUAAAAUGUAAAAGAAAAUAACCAAAAAAGAGUUAAGCGGGUCCUCUUAAAAAUAUAAGUUGGCAAUUAAUGCGAACGCUGAGCUUACAUUUAUCAGUUUUCAAUUUUGUAUACAAUAGGUUAUACAAUAAUAUGUUAUCAUGUAUUCGUUACCAUCGUAUAAUUUUCACUGCAGUGACUUCAAACACAUAUUAGGCGGGAAAAAAUAUCACCCCUCUCCCAUUGAUUUUAAUGAAAAACUAUAAAUAUAGUUAAGUACCUCACAGGGUUUGUCGCUGCGUGCCUACAAACAUUUUCUAUCACAGUCUAGUCAAGUCUGCCAAAUCAAUACCAUAUGCAGUUGUGAUUUGUAUUAAUACCUAUAUUAGUUAAUUAUCGAUUUAUUAUCAUUAUUGUUGUUGUUAUAUUAUUAUGUUUGAAGGUUUAUCGAUUAUAUUGUAAUAAUAUUCGUUUUAAUGUUUCUAUUAUAUGAUAUUUAUAUAUAUAUAUAUUCAUGUAUACGUAAUAUGUUUAAGUAUAU